AUGAGUGCAACAAUCACUAGUUUACCAUCUGGAGCCAAUGGAGUCGGUAGAGACAUGUAUCAUCAAGGUGCUGGAAUGGUCAUGAGUGUCCAUGCUCCAAAGACUACUAUUCAUGUCACAAAGAUAGUGCUGGAUCGUGCUGAUCUACGAGCAUUCUUCCAAAAGAUGCCUGGUUUUGUGAGAAUAUCCUUUCAUGCGGAUUACGCGUUUGUAUGUUUCAACGACAUACCACACGCCGUGCAAGGCAUCGAACGAGUUCACACUACAUCUGAGAUGUUUGCAGCAUACGCUAAAUUUGGCGUGAGUUGCAACACGACUCCCAGUAUCGCAGUAGCACCAAACCCUAUAUUGUAUAUAUCCGUCUUUCCUUACUUUACGGAAGCAGAAUUGACUCGUAUCUUUCGUGGCUAUGAAGGAUUCGACUCGGUUCGCUUCUGUCCAGGGCAUUGCCUAGUCCGUUUUGGAACUGUGGAAUUAGCUACCAAGGCACUAGAAGACUUGAACUCAACGACAAAUCUAUUUGCCAACUAUUCCACAAAAGGUGCUAAGGGAGGGUUCCCAAGUAGCGGUAGUAAUGCUAGUAUCGCUACAAGUAAUAGUAGUAGCAGUAGUAGCAGCAAUAGCAGCAACAGCACUGUCACACCAUUAUCCAAGACCAUAAUGCCACGUCCUCCCACUGGUAUGGCUCUACAUCCGCCAAAUGCUUGGAUACCGGAAGCUACUCAGCAGCAGUCAGUCAACGUGGCAGUAUCUGCUACUUAUUCCUCUGCUGCCGAGAUGGAUCAUGCCACCACUGCUACAACAAACGGUGUUGGGUUGCAUACCAUACACGUAACCAACAUCAAUACUAUAUCCAAGGCUAAUUUGCGUCGAAUGUUUGCUGGAUUUGAAGGAUUCAAGAAGGUGGCAUUUUACACAGAUUACUGCUUUGUGGUGUUUGCAAACACACGAACUGCAUCUACAGCUAUUGAAGAGUUAUUGUUCACGACAAGGAUGAAGGCUAAUUUUGCAAAGAGUGAUUUUGGUCCACAUCCUCCUUCACCGUCAUCCACUGGAAUACCAAGUAAUAUCAUACGAGUAUCUGAUUACCCUCCGAAUACUGAGACAUUUGAGCUAUCAGAAGUGUUUGAAGAAUAUGAAGGCUUUACAGAUAUCCAACUCUUCCAUGGAUCAUGCCUGGUUCAUUUCCGAGACAGUGUUACCGCUAGUCGGUGCCUAGAAGAUAUUAACUCGACAACAAACUUUACAGCGCAGUACUCGAAAAAGCCAUCAUAUGUCGGUACCCCUAGCAACAAGUAUACAGGUUACGCUCCUUCAUUAACAACACCAACAGCCUCACCAUAUGAAUACUACGAUCCAAGCUCUACACCAUCUCCCGAUAGUUCACGAGCAUCAAAUAACUAUGGCAUGAUGCCGAUGCAGUACCUCUCGCAUGCAGCAGAUAUGUACCCACCCUUCUUACAACAGACGGCGUCUUCGUCCACAUUGCAGUCAUCAUCAAUACCCUCGCUGGCACCAUCGUCUAAUUCGUCAACGUCGUCACUACUUCAGCCAACAUCGUCAUCAUCACUGGAUUUGACGAUAAUACCAACUAGUACUAGUAAUAGCAAUAGCAUCCUCUCCUCCCAGCCACAUUCACCACACCAUCAAGUCGUACCGAUAGGUACAGAAUUUGCCAUCAACACGAACAGCAAUAACAAUAACAGCAAAGACGAACACUCAACAACACGAUCAACCAUGUCACCGCUGCCACUUCAACAGACAUCCUCCCCAAUAAACAGCACUCCGUCAUUAUUAGUCAAGAGUAAUAGCAGUGCUGCUCUCCCUCUCCCUGCAACAACACCAUCACCAUCAUAUAAAUCAUUCGAGUCACAGUCAACACUAUUCAAAGAAUUCCUGGACGCACUCUUACUGAAAAUCAGUACCCUGGAACGAGAAAACACUGAACUGAAGGACCAAUUAGCGUGCAAGAAUGUCGAUCCUGCCUCAAGUAACAUGAUCAACGCUUCAUUAUCAUCGUCUAGUAUAUCCAGCACUUCAUCCACCGCAUCAUCUGCAACAGCAAUGGCAGCUGAUAAUGAUGCUCAACAGCAGCAGCAACUGCCACAGGAAGUGUCUCGCUUGGCUCUGGAAAAUAGGUCGUUACGAGCUGAUUUGGCUAAUAUGAGGAAAUCGUUGGAGUCUCUUGAACGGGCGCACAAGCAGUGUGCAAUGUUUGAAGGUCUGUUGGCUAUCUGUGAAUAA